CAAAAAAUGUUCAUCUAAGCCUCCCCGAAGGCGUCACGUACUUCCAAGAAGGACACACCAUGACCUUGACCUGCACCGCCAAGGGCAACCCCGGCCCCACGUUUGAGUGGUUUCGAGAUGGCACAAAGUUGCCGGUGGAAGGGGCCACCUUGACUGUCCAGUCCGUCAGCAGCCGGCACAACGGACGCUAUAAGUGUGUUGCCACAAACCAACUGGGAAGAGAGUCGCACAUGAUUGCCGUGAACAUCAAAUACCCUCCGACUGUCGAGGUCCGUUCUUCCUGGACCAAGUUCAACCAGGGCGAGGCCAUGACACUGUUGUGUCAGGUGAAGAGAGGCAACCCCUGGCCCGAUAGCUUCAUGUGGCACAAAGACGACAAACUCGUGGCGUCGCGGCGAAAUUUGAUGGUGUCGUCGGUGCAGCCCGAGGACAUCGGACGGUACACGUGCACCGCCUUCAACGCGGGCUUCAAAGACAUGAAAGCGACUUCGGCCGAGCUUCUCGUUGACGUGGAAUACCGGCCGCGGGAAACCAGCCUUUCCAUCAUGGGGUCAACCAGCCCCAUGGUCAAAGCGGGCGCAUCGGCCCUGUUGCGGUGCGCCGCCGACGCCAACCCCAAGCCCGACGAGUAUGACUGGUCGCUGCUCAGCCAAGACGGGAGGACGUGGGAUAAGUUGUCCAAUGGCAACGAGGAACACUUGCUGGUGCGCGAGGUGCGGCUGAGCGACCGCCGGUGCUACGCGUGCCGCGCCAUCAACCAAGUUGGUUUCGGCGAAAACAGUCCACCGCUGUGCAUCCAAGUCAUGUGUGAGUUCACUGAACUCAUUCAGCGCCAGUCAUUUUCGGACCCUCUAAAAUCGCCAGU